AUGUGGUUAUUAUCACCUCGACUCUGCAAAAUUACCUUCUUAGCGCUGUCAUCCACGUGGAGGGAGGAGGGGGAGGAGCAGGAGCAGAAGGAGGAGGAGGAGGAGGAGCAGGAAGAGGAGGAGCAGGAGGUGAAGGAGGAGGAGCAGGAGCAGGAAGAGGAGGAGCAGAAGGAGGCGAAGCAGGAGGAUGAGAAGGAACAGCAGGAGGAUUCGCCCAAACGCGGUGCUGUCGGUGGGUUACCGUCAACAUCAUUUAAUGUAGUCUCAAAUGCAGAUGCUAUCGCGAAGUCUCGAUGUGGAUUUGACAAAUCCCAACUUACCUCUGCGCGUUUGAAUCGACUUCCCUUUCGAUUGGCACAGCUCGAGAUUCGCGUCGUCUACUUUUCACCUUUAUCCUCCACCUGCAUGAAGAUGGUGGAUUUGGUGGGGUCCGCGCGAGAGUUUCUGGAUUUCUGUGAUCCUAAAGCCCACAAGACUGAUCUAACUCUGCAAUCUUGA